CCACAAGAGCAGAGAACCCCACGCAAGGGAGUCAUGCAAGAGGACCAUGAGGAGACCACCGUUCUGGAUCCCCAACUGCGUGUCUUUCACGAUGGAAGAGCAGGCAGUGACUCUCUCUGCAAGCGGAAGGCGCAGACAUUUCCCACGGAGUGUCCCACAGGAUUGGAGGAGCCCACAUUUGUACGGGGCGAAGAGAGCCCUCCCCAGGGCGUUACGGAAGGAGGGGUUUUUCAUCUUCACCGGGGACUGGAGACACAGCUGAGUAGCUGCCCUUCAGAGGGAGAAAGAAACUCUGUUCCUUUCUGGGGUGCCUACGAAGGACUUGGUGGAUCUACAGUACAACAGAGAGUCCCCCCAGGAGAGAUCCAGGAGGACAGCGAAGGCCACAGCUGGAGGCCAGACUUUGUGAUCAGCAGGAGGAGCUGUAAGAAACGGGACAAGCCUUACAAAUGCUCCGAGUGCGGGAAGAGCUUCAGUGUGAGCUCCGACAUUAUCCGCCACCAGAGAAUCCACACGGGGGAGAAGCCAUACAAGUGCCUGACCUGCGGGAAAGGCUUCAACCAGAACUCCCACCUGACGGCGCACCAGAGAACCCACACCGGGGAGAAGCCGUACAAGUGCUGGGAGUGCGGGAAAAGCUUCAGCCUGAGCUCAGACUUCACCAGGCACCAGAGGAUCCACACGGGGGCCAAGCCGUACAGAUGCUCCGAGUGCGGGAAGGGCUUCAUCCAGAAGUCACACUACAUCACACACACAAGGAGCCACACGGGCGAGAACCCGUUCCAGUGCCCCGAGUGCGGGAAAGGCUUCACGUCCAGCACGCUGCUCAUCAGACACCAGAGAAUCCACACGGGCGAGAAGCCGUUCAAGUGCUCUCACUGCGAGAAGAGGUUCUGUGCCAGCUCGAACCUCGUGACCCACAUGCGGACCCACACCGGGGAGAAGCCGUUCCCGUGCCGCGAGUGCGGGAAGAGCUUCAGCCAGAAAUCCACGCUGAUCGCUCACGAGAGGACGCACACGGGCGAGAAGCCCUACAAGUGCUGGUGCGGGAAAAUGUUCAGCAAGAGCUCAGACAUCCUGGCGCAUGAGAGGACCCACACGGGAGAGAAGCCUUACGCCUGCCCAAGCUGCGGGAAGCACUUCAGGAUGAGCUCGCACCUCGUAAGGCACCAGCGCGUCCACACCGGGGAGAAGCCGUACCAAUGCUCCGAGUGCGGGAGGAGCUUCAGCGCCAGCUCGCACCUUAUCAGACAUCAGAAAAUCCACCUGAAAGCCAAGUGACAAACAAUGGAACUCAGGAGCAAGAGUCUUAAUAGCACAAGGAUGGAAGACUGAGGAAAUCCCGACUAAAGAAUUGUGGCAAGAGAAACUGAUGGCCUAUGCAGAACUGGCAAAAUUGACACAUAAACUACGGGACAAGGAUAAAAGGUAAAGGUAAAGG